UCUGGAAAAUGAGUUUCAGAGCGACGAGACAAAGGCCCCGUCGAGUAACCUUGAAGGGCCGAGAACCUCAACGAGGCUUCCGGCGAGACAAAGAAGCCCGAAACGUCGUCGUCCAUCAGCUCCGGCGGCGGGAAACGGGGGAGGCGAGCAACCAACCACGCCUUUCCGGCGGCGAAGCGAGCGCCGCCAUUGGAGCCCGCUGCGAACUGCCUUUGAGAGAUAUCCGAGCCGCAGCGCGAGCGCUGUUUCCAGUGCGGCUUUAGCUGUGCUACGGUGGGCACGGCUUCGGUGGUGCGCGUAGCUACCGCAUAUUAUUUUCAGAGUUUUAGCUUUAUUUUUAUAACUAUAUAUACAGACAUAUAUAUUUCUCAUUUUUGUACGUCAUCUUUUACCCCCCUGUGAUGCCUGCUAGUCUGUUCUCGGAGAUGGAGCGCAGUAGCGGGGGGCUGGAGGACCAACGAGCUCUGCAGUUGGCACUCGAACUCUCCAUGCUGGGAUUGAACAACGAAAAUGACUCUCUUCAUCCAAACUUCGAAUCGGACACGAGGAACAAAAAGAGCCAGAAUACGACUGAGUGUGUACCUGUACCUAGUUCCGAGCAUGUUGCCGAGAUCGUUGGCAGGCAAGGGUGCAAGAUCAAAGCACUGCGGGCAAAAACCAACACCUACAUAAAGACACCAGUCCGAGGAGAGGAACCUGUGUUUGUGGUCACAGGCCGCAAGGAGGACGUCAGUGCUGCCAAACGGGAAAUCCUCUCUGCUGCGGAGCAUUUUUCGCAGAUUCGGGCACAACGCAAGAACAACCUCAAUGGGGGAGGACUCGCUCCAGGCCCAAACUCCAACAUUCCAGGCCAGACCACAAUCCAAGUUCGCGUCCCAUACCGCGUAGUAGGACUCGUCGUUGGACCUAAGGGCGCCACCAUAAAACGUAUCCAGCAGCAGACCAACACCUACAUCGUAACCCCAAGCCGCGACAAGGAGCCAGUGUUUGAAGUUACGGGACUUCCUGACAGUGUCGAGGCGGCCCGCCGAGAGAUCGAAGCCCACAUCGCGCUGCGGACGGGCGGUUCCCUCGACGACGACUUCCCCCCGGCACCGCCCGCGGAGUUCCCCCCCUUCUCUGCGCCUCCCCUCCCGAGGUCCCAGCAGGAGUUUGCAUUCCCCGGAGGGAAAUUCUACGGCGGAUUCGGCACCUAUGAGUCCGACGAGGGCAUCGGGGACUCUCCCACGUUCGACCCGGCGUCUGUCGCGUGGCCGGACUUUACCAGCUUCGGCGUGAAGGCCAGGAGGGACGACAGCGCGGCCAGUUCUCCGACGGAGUCCCUAGGGUCCGGCGGGAGUAAGAGGCUCAAGCGGGACUGCGUCGUCUGCUUCGAAAGCGAAGUGGUUGCCGCGCUAGUGCCCUGCGGCCAUAAUAUGUUCUGCAUGGAGUGCGCCAACAGGGUCUGCGGGAAAGGCGAUCCCCAGUGUCCGGUCUGUCACCAGCCGUGCGCUCACGCGAUUCGGAUCUACUCGUAAGAAGGGAGGGUGGUUUCUUGUUCGUCGAGUGGUUUUCGAGGUUUCCUCCGCGAAGCAUUUACUUGCUGGUAGCGACGGACUGUAGGGUUGACCGUGCCUGUGUACGUCGGCAGAAUUUUUUUACGGGGGGCAUUGUACCUGUGUUGAGGCUUAGUGAUAAUGUUUGAGUGAGAGUUGCAAAGAAGUCAGUUAUCAGGUUUGAUGGCUGCUUAUCCUAGAAUCCUGCCCAGGAAGGUGGCUAUUCAUUGUACGCACUCGAGUAUCGGUGCUGUAACGUUUUCCAGUGUGGGGGAUAACGCGACGGUCGCGAAAUGGAAAAGUACUAAAAAAAAUGCUUAACAGUGAUGUAGCUUCCAGUUUUUCAAAGUAAACUCUUACAUUAUUGUCUGUAUCGGGCAGCGCUGUUAGGUGAGUGUGCGCUGGCAUGCGCAAAGUCUGGAUCUCAAAUGACACUUCCUGUGGUUUUUUUCGAUGAGGGCUCGCUAUGAGGAAACCGAAGAAACCGCCUCGAGGAACAAACACACGAAACGUCUGGCUCACAUUUUUUUUUCUCGCAACGAGAGAGACUACAAGCUCCAUCUUUCAUCUCUGCCCUUUGGCAUAACAAAACCCAUCUCAGUCUUGCCCACCUUUCGAAACUCACACACGUAAAUGAAAACAUUUCGAAGUAUUACAGAUGUCUAUUCUUACACGGAUUUCUAACUAAAAAGGAAAAAAAAAGACCUGUCCCGGGGAAGGACAGGGACCGUCUCAGGACGACGGCAACCUCAUGCCAAACGCAAGACAACACCAUGCAUGGUAGUAGUUUCUUAAAUUAUGUGUGUGUGUGCGUGUGUGUGCUUUUCUGUUGCCAUUUGAAUGUUCAAAGAGUGGAGUGUGCAGUCCUCAAAAAUGCUGCCCAUUUGUUUUUGUUUGUCCCCCCAUUUUGUGACCGCGGGAUUGUCCAUGUUGGGAAAAGAAGUUUAUAUGUAUUAGCGCGCAUAUAUAUAUUGUAUACAUCCACGUUAGUCAGCUGUUUCACUGUGAACAUACUCAUUUUAUGAUGUGAUCUGCCCAUUUAUUAUUAUUAUGAGCCGCGUCGAUGCAUUUUCUGGUGGCGAGAUAGCAUAGGUAACAGGAUGCUUGCACAGUUUUAUUUUUGUAGCCUCCCCAUCUUUUAGUAUUCCUAUUUUUUGAACCUGUUUUUUGUCUCCUAGUAUUUUAUAAUAUAUUUGCCGCGGUCUCAUCUCGUGGAGCCUCCUGUAUGUUCAUUAUCGUUUCCGCCUGUUCUCCAUGUGUUUCAUAUCUUGCUCCGCACGUGUCUUAGAACAGUUUCUCUAUAACCUAGGGUUCCGUAUUCGGAGGCUGUGUUGUGCGAGAUACCUUACAGAACGUUGAGCGAACCAACCAGUUGAGCAUUUGAGACCUAAUUUACGCUACAACACUAACUAUGUGGGCGAUUACUGUGAGACACGCACAAAAAAAGAAGACUCUUUGUUUGAAAGGCAUUCUGGUAAAGCCUAAAUAAUAUUUAACGGUCGAAUUUCAACAACAAAAAUUUCGUAAGUAGCAUACGGAACCCUAGGUAGUUCCCAUUUCGGGCGUUUGCAGUUCCAAGCGUGAGCCACGUAUCUUUGAUUGCACCCGUUUUUCAUUGUAGUCUUCCAGUCUGCUCACAUAGUCUGUUAUGCUCUGAGUUCAUGCAGCACCGGGCAAUGAUAGGGAAAGGUGGUGAUUGCAACCUAUGCACUAAAAAUAACAGAGCGAGAGAGAGAGAGAGAUCUUAAUUUUGUAGGAAUGUUCCACGCCAUCUGGGAAGGGGGCGCGUGUCUGCUUUCUCACAGCCAGGCAAUAAAAAGUAGGGAUGGUAAAAAUACAGAGGCUUCAGGGAUACGGAUAGCGUGUGGGCCAUGUCAUAUGCAAUUUUCUUCGGCGAAAGGAGAGGAUUUGGAUCGGGAAGACGCAGAAGAGUGGCUUGCGAAGUGCUUUUCUUUGUUUCUUGUAAUAACGCUCCGAUUUGUUUGAGUGUGAAGAAAAGGGGCAGUUGAAAAUGCGUCCGAACACGUUGUACAUUGCAGGGUCUGUACAGCUUUGUGAGGUCCUCAGCUUCAUCCUUAGUGCUUCGUACUUUUUAAUUUUGUUAGCGUAGUUAUUACGAGGGAGACGUUUAUGUGUAACUCAUUUGCAUAGACUGUAUUUCAUAGUGUGUACUGCCAUUAUCCCGCAUUAUUUUUUUUUUAUCUCGGCCUCGUUCUCAAAAUAUUUGGGCGCCUCGGGGAUAUCCUGAAUGAACCCUGACGUUUAACUUUCUUAAGGAUGUUACCCGCGUAUUUGUUGAUGUUUUUUGUGGGGGGAAGUGUAGUGCCGCUGUCCUUGGUGCUAUGUAAAUUUUUUGCCAGCUUGAGGAAGCCUGCAUUGUGGGAGCUAUUGCAUUUCACCUGCUUCUUUUCAUGACAUCUCUGGAACCCCCAAACGAAAUCAAAUAUAUCAUCUAGCCAGCCUUGGAGGCACGCUCACUGGUUGACCAUAUGUCCAACACAUAUAUAAAUAUGUCACAUGCCCAUAUGUAAUAUAUCAGCAAAUGCAGGAGAGUUUUAAAAAAAAAGCUGCUAAUGUUGCCUUAAACAGAACGGAAACAGAUUCACAUGGCCGAAGGUAGUCUGGAUAGCCUUUUUUCUUCCGCGGUAUUUUUUUCCCCCCUUCUCUGCGUCUAGGGUCAGGUGUGUCAUCCAAACAAGCAUCGCUCAACUGAAAAACAAAAAAAGUGUUGCAAAUAGACUUCCUUUGAUAGAGGAAGCAUUUCUCAUUGUUCUUUUCUUUUUUUCCCCUCCUUCAUCACAUAUUUUGGUUGUUUGUUUGUGGACGUGUUUCUCCCAAAGUAUAAGUGGCAAAAUAUAUGUAUAAAUUUUAACGAGAGUUCCAUGCUGAAAUUAUUCCUCAUAUAUUUUAUUAUUCAAAUUUUAAAUAUCCCAAGAUGGAGAUGUAUUUUUGGUGUUACAGAGUCUGUGUGUGUAUUUGCGUACUUAAAAAGAGACAGAUGAAUGUUGAUUUUUCCACGUUUGCUAUUGAUAUUUUAUUUUAUCACGAAUGAUGGUUCAUUCAGAAUAAAAGUUGAUAGACGGUUUGUAAUUACAGACUGUGGUGUUCAUUUCCAUGCGACAGAGUAUAGAUAUAUUUUAAGCUACAGGAAUACAAAGCAUCGGUGGACCCUCUCGGAUCUCUCUUUGAAGCGUACGACCGCCUGGCCAAAUUCGUUCGUUCGUCUGCUAUGACCCGAGGGCGUUCACUGGUGUUUCUUACUAUACCCCUCUAGCAAUACUACAUAUAUUGUCAAUAUUUCUGGAUUGACUAUGUAAAAUGUAGAUGUAUUUUGAUCUGAACUACAGACUUGUAACUGAUUGUCUUCAGACUAGGCUUGUCCUCAGCAGGAGAAUACUUAAAUACGAUAUAUUGUCAGAUGUACCACACAGAUUAUAUAUAUUAUAUAUAUAACCUUUGGAGAUUUAAUUGGUUUGUAUUUUAUUACGCUGUAUGUGAAAUGUGUGUUAGAAUUUUGAACCAAUUGUAUGGUCAGGAUCAUGUUUAUGCACAGACUAAACAUUGCCAAGUGAUUUUAUAGAACACAGGAUAUCCCUCAUUUUAUUUGUUCCAAGAUAAUAUUACUUGUUAAUAAAUAUGUAUGAACUCA